UAUGUCGUUGCAAUUCUAACCUAGUGUCAACUAGGUAUUAGGAGCUUUUUAGAGAGUUGGAUUGAAUUAAGGACAAGCAUAUUAACCUGAUUAGAUAUAUUAAGCAUUAGAUCAAUUAGUAUGAUAAAAUUUAAGAAUAAUCAACAUAGACUAGUUAAGCGUAUGAUAGAGAUGUUGCCAAUUAAAUUUAUGAAUAAUGCACUCCAAAUCAAAGAGGCCAAGUGUAAAUCGAAGAAUUUUCACAGAUUUUGAUAUCUGCUGAUGCAAUGUUAAAGAAAAAGAUUCGAGAUACCGAAUAAUAAGUUGUGUAACUGGUUGAGGAAUCAAGAGAGUGUCAAAGACAAGUCAAAGAAAUACAAUGUAUUUAUGAUUUAUAUCGGAGACACUCAAUAACAGAAUCAAUACGGGAUAGACACUGAUUCAUCGCUCAAUUUAAUAAUCAAAUCUGCCUCAGGAAUAACAAAUUCGGAUUUUAUUCAGAGCUAUGUAUCAAUAUCGGUUGAUAAUAAUGAACAAGUUGCAUAAUAAACUGGAGGAGACAAGUUCCAUCCAAUAUUUAAUGAACAAUUCGGAUUGUAAAAAUAAAUUUUAUUUCAAUUAAUUUCUAGCCAAAUUAAAACUGGAAGGGAGAAUAUAACUUUGAGUUUAUUGAUCUAAGAUCGAAAUCAAAAGAAAUCUCUAGUUGGAUAAGCCAAGAUAGAUAUAUCCUAAUUGUAAGAUCAACAAGUUCAUUCUCUCCAACUCUAGUUGCAAGGUGAUAGGCAAUAAUUUGCUACCCCAACUAUAUAAUUUGAUGUUCAAUGGAUUUAUAAUAAAGUAAAAUGCCCUACCCAUUAUUAUUUAGCUUAGAUAUUUCCAAGAAAUGAUCUCUAAAUUUGAAGCUGAUAUUUAAUAACACUAUAAUGAUAUUGAGGAUUAUAAGAGAGAUCUAUUUGUAGUUUAAUAGCCUUUCAUGGACAAUAAUUAGAGAUAGAAUCUCCAAUCCUCUUUAAAGCCAUAAAACUCUUCAAAAGUCCAAACCAAUUCGGCUUUGCUCUAUUAACAAUAAUAAAACUAACCACAAAUAUACAAGCCAACACCACCCCAAUAAUCUUAUCGAUAGAAUCAGGAUAAUAUACAACCUCAAUUUCAGGGAGAAGCAACAGAUGAACUUAGUGAUGAAAUAUAUUAUGGAUUCAUUUUGUAUCUCUUGAUGAUUGUGCUGUCCAUGUUCUAAUGCUUUGCAAGACCAGCCUAUGUUGAUGUAAACUUAUUAUUAUAGACUGAUAGAUAUUAUUAGGGACUAUGUACUUGUUAAUUAUUUGCAGAGACUGUUUUAACCCUGAGUACUUAAAAAUUUUGGGAGCCAUCACUGUUUUUACAAUAGUUUUAGAUAUUUUCUGGAUUGCAAUUUAUAAAGUAAUUUUGAAUUAGUAUUAUUAAAGAAUUGGUGGAAUGGCACAGACAAAACUCUUCCAACUUGGGGAGAAGCAGGUGAUCCUAUAGUUAGAAUAACUAUAGUGUUUUGUAUAUUCAACAUGAUUCUAAAGGUAAAAGCAAUCUUAAUUAUUCUCAGACUGCCUUGUGUUAUAUAAUAUUCCAUUAUUAUAAAGAAGCCUAAUCAAAUUAGGUCUUAAAGUUCAAGGUAUGGUAGUUGGAAUUUUAGAUCGGAAUAUUAAAAUAAAAUCUCUUUACUUUAGACAAGAGACUCUUAUCUUGA